GGGGCAGGGCGGAAGUUACCAAAUUAAAGACGAACAACUACAAGCAACCGUCUCCGCUUUAUUGAUAUCAUAUAAAGUACAACACUGUUGGAAGGCUCUUUUUUUUUAACUGUUAGAACACGCGUUCGUCCAUAUUUUACACUCCGAUACCACAUGGCGAAGGUUACUCACCAGGUGUCGGCAGAUUGAGUUUGGCCGCGGCUAAGGUAGCUAUCUAAUCUAUUUUAAACGACAACAUUGCAAAGUGGAAUCAAGACUUCCGGGUGCAUGAUGGCAACAAACGCGAGCGUGUUGUCCACCGGAGACGAAGAUGAAGAGUUCAACACGUUUGUUGCCUUGUACGCCAAAGCCUUGAAUAGCUGCGGAAUACCUGAAAUGUACUGGAGGAGCCUGCAUCAGAAAAUCACCAACCAAAUUUUUGAUGCUGGGGAGGUGUUUGGAAUCAUGCAGAUCCAAGAAAAUGAAGACGAUUGCCCGGAUGGAGACAGGACUAAGAAUGGAGCAGUAAUUGGCUCAAAAGUAAUUGUGACCCAAAAGAGUGGACUGCUUACCUCACAACCAGCAAGCGUUUUCUUGGUUGACCAUGCUUGGACGUACCGUGUUGGUCAUGCGCGUCAGCAGCUUGAGGAGAUUCCUGGCCUGUUGCAGAGAAUGGCUUCCCUCAUGGGCUUGGACUUCUAUGGAAAGGAACUUGACGUACAGUACUGUACAGUACAAGCUGUACAGCUUGUGAUGGAUCGUAUGUGGCUGUACAACCAGACUUACCAACUUUCCCAAGGGUCUGCAGAAGAAAAAGUUCCUGUGUGGUACAUCAUGGAUGAGUUUGGCUCUCAGGUGCAACACUCAGACCAUCCCAGCUGUGGCAUGGCUCCCUUCUUCCAUGUUGAAGAGCAAAUGGCCUACACUGUCCUCUGGCCUUUCAUCGACCUGCAACAUGGAGAUGAAGUAACACGUGACUUUGCAUACGGUGAGUCAAACCCUCUGGUGAGACAAUGUCGUCUGUUACCAUGGAUACCUGCUGAUCUACAAGGGCUUUGUGAGAGAACCACAGAACCAGCUGAUUCAUACUAUGAGUCUGUCUUUCAGGAGACCAAAGAGUUGCUUCCUGUGGAAAUCCAAACCUCUGCUUUACCCAAGGACAAAAUACUGAAGGUUUAUUCUGAAAUGUCCCAAGUAACUAACAACUUGAAACACGCACGUUUCCAGCUGACAGACAAUGAGGAGGAGGCAGAUAUCAUUUGGAGCUACAACCACAUUAAAGACUACAGGAGUUUUAGUGAGGAUCGACCUCAUGUCCUAUUGAACCAGUUUCCCUGCGAGAACCUUAUCACUGUAAAGGAUUGCCUUUCUGCCUUGGCCCGGAGACUGGAAAAUGGUUCUGAUGUGAUACCGGAAACCUUCAACCUCCAGACUGAGCUUCCACAGUUCAUAAGGCACUAUCAACUGACACACCAGAGGUCUGUGGAAGUCGCCUCCCAGCAGCUCCACUGCAGACACGGCACAAGAGCUCAGCGUGCAGGUUCAACAAGGGGAGACGAUAACCACUGGAUAUGCAAGCCCUGGAAUUUGGCCCGUGGGAUGGACAUACACAUCACUAACAAUCUGAACUACAUAAUCCGACAGAGGGAGAGUACGCCAAAGGUGGUGUGUAAAUACAUCGAAGAUCCAGUACUGUUCUACAGGGAGGACGUCGGAUGGGUCAAGUUUGACAUCCGCUACAUGUUGAUGUUGCGCUCUGUCAAGCCUCUGCGUCUCUAUGCCUACAAAGUCUUCUGGUUACGCUUUGCUAAUAGACCCUUCUCCCUGGAUCAUUUUGAUGACUACCAGAAACACUUUACUGUUAUGAACUAUGCAGAAGAUGUGGAGCUCAAGCAGGUCCACUACGAUGACUUCAUCCCCAUGUUUGAACAGCAAUAUCCCCAGUAUCCAUGGGAGGAAGUGGAAUCAAAGUUGUUUCAAGCAUUCAAGAGUGUCUUCCUAGCUGCCAGUUCUCGACCUGCUCCGUAUGGUAUCUGUCCAUACCCGUCUUCCCGAGCUAUCUAUGCGGUGGACCUCAUGCUCAAGUGGAAAACGUUGGACAAUGGUGAGCGAGUCAUGACCCCACAGAUUCUCGAGUUGAACUUUAGUCCCGACUGCACCCGUGCCUGCCUCUACCACCCAGACUUCUACAACCACAUGUUUCAGACUCUGUUCUUGGACCAGCCGGAGGACUGCCCCGUUACGCAGAUCGCAUGAUUCUUUACUACCCCGGUAUGGAUAUUUGUUUUGGAUCUCCAUCUCAACAUUUAGUACUGAGAUUCCUGAGUGAUUCAUUUUGUUUCCAAUACUAAUUUACUCUGUGGCUGCUAAACGAUGGAUAAGGGCAAUAAAAUCACAUUCAUAAUUCAA